AUGCCUGAACCUCCAGUUUACACUGGCUACGUAUUCCCAGGCCGAGAGAACCUCCACCACGACAUCUACCCGACCAUCUCCGCUGCGCAAACACCGUCACUCAAACAAAGCGGGAAAGUCAUACUGAUCACUGGUGCCGGUCGCGGCAUCGGACGUGCCACAGCACUUCAAUACGCCCAUGCAGACGUUGCUAGCAUCAUACUAUGUGCUCGGACGGCUUCUCAGCUCGAUGGAGUCAAGUCCGAAAUCGAGAAAGUCAAGGGCAGCAUACGAGUGCACAGGUUCUCGCUUGACGUAACUGACAACAUCGCCGUGGCUCACUGUGCUCAAGAAGUGCAUAAAACAGAAGGCCGUUUGGACGUCCUUGUCAACAACGCCGGCAACGGCGCUCCUUGGGUGCCAAUUUCAGAGGGAGACCCCGAACGUUACUGGAACAGUAUCACCGUGAACAUCAAAGGACCCUAUCUCUUCCUUCACGCUUUCCUGCCGCUGCUACAGGCUACAGCUCAGGAUUACAAUACCACUACGACGGUCAUAAACAUGACGAGCAUUGGGGCGCACACAAUCUACCCAGGUUUGAGUGACUACUGCAUGAGCAAGGUGGCGCUGAAUACAUUGACUCAAUUUGUGGAUGCCGAGUACACGGACAAAGGCGUUCAGGCCUUCGCGCUGCACCCUGGAGGUAUAGACACGGAGAUGGCGCGGUCGGACGAGACGUUUGUCAAGGGCUUGGACGGGCUCUUGAUCGAUACCGUGGAAUUGCCGGGUGGUUUCUGUGUUUGGCUCAGCGCGGCAGAGAGAAAGUGGCUUAGUGGAAGAUACUUGGCUGCUCCGUGGGAUGUGGAGAAGUUGGAGCAGAUGCGAAUGGAAAUUGUCGACGGGGACAAGUUGAAGGCUAGGAUCGUGCUUUGA